AUGUCUACUCCCGGCAAUUGGACUAUAUUCAGAUACGUUCGAGAUACGUACGGAGACGCUGCCCUGGCCGCUGCUCGUCGAUACCUUAACCUAGCGACCAAAGUGAUCAGAUUCCAGUGCCAUCUUCGCUUCAAUCAAGUGUGUCUGAACCAGCAUGUGGUCCCUCCUGCUCUCCGUUGCAAACCUCUGGUGGACACAGCAUACGGACGACGCCUGGCCAAAUCUUACGAAAGGAAUUGCCUGAGGGCCCGCACUCAAGAAAACAAAGAAAUCAUCUUCAAGACGAGGAAACAACUUCACGCCGCUGAAAGGAACAUUCAACGGUUUUUGGAUAUAAACGACUUCAGCAGGAUCAUCAUCGCACGUAAGGAAGCGGAGCUACUUGAACACAAACGGCGAUCAGCAGCACACCAGCACAAGCUUAGUGUGCUUUGCCCGAAACAUUCCGGGCUGGACGACAGUACAACUGUGAUCAACCUCUCUUCCAAACGACUGGACGACGACCACACCUCCGUGCUAACUAAAGGUAUGAACUACGCCAUCAUUCCCCGAAGCAUACCUGUUAGCGAGAUUGUGUCGGAAGUAGAAGACAGACUCCGGCAAGUCAAAGAUAAAACAGCAGCCAUAGCGGCGAGGAACAAAGUAAUCGGCAUACUACAGAAGGCAAACCUUCCGCCUAAAAACAUCACAAAAGCUGAACAGAAUGCUCUAAAAGACCUUCGCAACGACGAUACAAUUGUUCUUUUGCCCGCCGAUAAAGGCAAAGCGACUGUGAUACUGAAUCGUGACGAUUACGACAGCAAGAUGGAGUCCAUCCUUCAAGACCGCUCCCAUUUCAGCGAACUAUCGGGUGCACCGUCCUAUAACGUGUCUAAAUUCCUGGCUGAACUGUUGGCACCUUUAAUGUACAAGAACGACCGGUCGGUGAAGAACUCUGCGGAAUUUUGUGAGCUCAUCCGUGACAUCCGCAUAGACGAUGGCGACGUCAUGAUGUCUUUUGAUGUCAUCUCCCUGUUUACAAACGUGCCCAUUGACGUAGCUCUGUCCGUAGUUCGAACGAAGCUGAGAGCUGACGUUGACUUAGAAGACCGCACUGAUCUUUCAGUUGAAGACAUUUUAGAACUUUUAAAGUUAUGCCUCGGACAAACCUUCUUCCAAUUCAAGAACAGGUUCUUUAAACAAACCGACGGAUGCCCCAUGGGCAGCCCAAUUUCAACGACCAUUGCCAACUUAGUCAUGGAGCUUGUUGAAGACAAGGCCUUAGAGGACGCAGGACAAUUCAUCACCUUUUACAGACGUUAUGUUGACGACACAUUUGUGAUUAUUAAGAAGAAUUUCACCAACACAUUCUUUGACAAGCUGAACAGCAUUCAUCCUAACAUCCAGUUCACGUGCAAGGAGGAGAAAGAGAAAAAGAUCGCCUUUUUGGAUGUCCUCGUGCAAAGAGACCCGUGCGGAAACUUGAAGACCUCGGUUUACAGAAAACCGUGCGACACAGAAAAUCGACUCGUCGCGGAAAACGACGUGCCGAGAGUCCUGGACUCUCCAUUCCUCGUCAGCCGCUGCGAUGCAGAGACGGUGUUCUCAGCGUUAGGCAUCAAGCGCUGGUUUGAGCUCUGCAACACUGCUGUUUAG